GAGGACUGUAUGUGGGAGGAGGCAGGGGGAGAGGGAGAGCAGGAGAAAGAAGGGGAACAAGAAAGGAAAAGAGCAAGCAGGGACUGAGCAGUAUGGCUGGUGUGUAAAGCUAUAAAGAUAAAUCUGAAAGUGUGUGAGUGUAUUCCUUUGUUGUAGCAGUCUCCUCACCAGGCUCCUCUUACCGCCUCCUGUGCUGCACAACUUGGGCUGAGGGACUAUGCAGCAGGGGUGGACUCUUCCCUGGCUUGGUGCUGUCCUACUGGGGCUGAUGGGGCUCCUGGUGUCGGGGUCAGAAUUCCAGCAUCACCGAUACGAGGACAUGGUGCGAGCCCUGUUUGCAGUGCAGAGCGAAUGCCCCUACAUCACUCGCAUUUACAGCAUCGGGCACAGUGUGGAGGGGCGCCACCUCUACGUGCUGGAGUUCAGUGAUAACCCGGGCAUCCAUGAAACAUUGGAGCCUGAGUUCAAGUACGUGGGCAACAUGCACGGCAACGAAGUGCUCGGCCGCGAGCUGCUCAUUAAAUUCUCCCAGUUUCUGUGCGAGGAGUAUCGGGCCGGAAACCAACGGAUCACGAGGCUGAUCCAUGACACGCGCAUCCACAUCCUGCCCUCCAUGAACCCUGAUGGCUAUGAGGUGGCUGCCAGACAGGGUCCAGAGUUCAAUGGCUACCUGGUGGGUCGAGGAAACGCCAGAGAAAUCGAUCUGAACCGGAACUUUCCAGACUUGAAUGCGCUCAUGUACUAUUACGAGAAAACCAACGGACGAAAUCACCAUCUGCCUUUGCCGGACAACUGGAAGCAACAGGUUGAACCAGAGACUCUGGCGGUCAUAAAAUGGAUGCAAAACUACAAUUUUGUCCUGUCGGCCAAUCUCCAUGGAGGAGCUGUGGUGGCCAAUUACCCCUUCGACAAGUCGAGAGAUCCCCGCAUUCGAGGGAGGACCACAUAUGCAGCCACUCCGGACGACAAACUCUUCAGACAGUUGGCAAGGACCUACUCGUACGCUCACAGCUGGAUGCACAAGGGCUGGAACUGUGGGGACUUCUUUGAUGAGGGGAUCACCAACGGGGCCAGCUGGUACUCUCUGUCCAAAGGCAUGCAGGACUUCAACUACCUGUACACCAACUGUUUUGAGAUCACCCUGGAGCUGAGCUGUGAUAAGUUCCCUCCAGCAUCAGCGCUGCCCAGAGAAUGGCUGGGCAACCGAGAAGCACUAGUUUCAUACCUGGAACAGGUGCAUCAUGGGAUAAAAGGCAUGGUGUAUGAUGAAAACAACAACCCUAUUGGCAACGCUGAGAUAUCAGUGGCUGGCAUCCACCAUGAUGUGACCAGUGGAGUGGAUGGCGACUAUUUCAGACUCCUGUUACCAGGCACCUACACUGUGACGGCAUCCGCCCCAGGUUACCUCCCCUCCACCAGCACUGUCACAGUGGGACCAGCUGAGGCCAUACAGCUUCAUUUUUACUUGAAAACAGCACCAAAACAAAACCUGAAAGUGAAGCACCACAACAGCAAGAAGAACCUCUCAUCUCCUAAGGCCCCCUUGAAGCUUGGCCCUAGAUGAGACACAGACAAACGUUACACAAACAUGCGCCCACAUACACUGAAAAUCCCACAUACUCAAAAACAUGCACAUAUUCACACUCAUACACACAAACACAUACAGAUUACAGAUAUGGUAAAUGACCAUGAUAUAUGUAUGUAAUUUUACCUUUGUAGUCCUAUGAUUAUAUAUUUCAAACCUCUGUGUUUUUGUUUGUGUUUUUGUUGAUAAAUAUAAACUGUGUGUCUGUGUAUUUAUGUAACAGUGUUGAUUUAUAUGAACACAGCUAUCCUGUAUUUGUAAAGGACUUUUUGGGUUUUGAUUUCUAUAAUUUGAUGAAAUGAAAAUAAAAGACUGUUUUUUGGUGCCAUACUGUACCAUCUCUAUAUGUUAUGGUUUUACCGUGCUUUGUGGCCUCAGUGUUCUUUAAUGCAUUUUAAAUGAAUGAAUCUUUGGCUUUUCCUUGCUUAAUAAUGACAAUAAUUCCAGUAGUAAUCUUUAUUUUAUAGCAAUUAACAGUCCAAAAAAAUGCACACAUGACGAGUGACUGAAGUAUGAAGAAAGCAACAUACAUAACACAGAAUUAACAUGAGAAAAAAAAGAGUAUCAUUACAACAAAUAGCACCUUCUAACUGGAAAACUCUAAAAAUGUACUCUUACUUGCUGGCCUUUCAGACAACUACUGCUCUUCAUUUUUAGAACAGUGACGCAGCCCCACAGCUAUUCACGUUGAGUUCAUAUCAACGGGAUAUUGAAGCAGUCUGACAACACACGGUUCUGUUGUGAGCAGCAUCAAAGCAGAUGAUCCAUGUGAAACAAGUUGAUGUAAAGGCUGAAGUUCUGCUUUGUCACAAGACCGAGCCUCAGCAUCCUGGAGGUGGCAGCACAGGGCAGGGUGACGUCUCUUAGAACAAUCCACAAUAAAAUCAGCAGACACAUUUACCCUCAUUCCCAACUGCUCAAAUGAACUCCUGGUUUGGAUUUGUAAAUGUGUUUAUGUUGUGCAAACAUUUGUUAAUUAUGUCAAAUCCAAAGCUGAUGUAUCUCUAUUUGGACGGUGUGAUUUUGGAUUAAUUUCACUUGUUCAGUUCAGUCUUUAUCUUAUUGAUUCCCUUGUACACCUAUUAAAGUGUUAAUUGUUA